GACGGAGCUCUGGAUCUGCUGAAAGAACUCAACAGCUACACGAUGACCAUCGAGCUGCUGCAGUCCACGAGAAUUGGCGUGGCCGUCAAUGCUGUCCGGAAGCAGUGCUCGGAUGAAGAGGUGGUGGCCCUGGCGAAAGUCCUCAUCAAGAACUGGAAACGGCUGCUAGAGUCCUCGGGGACCCCGAAGAGAGAGAAGGCCCUGGAAGGGCAAAAGGAUAAAAAAGAAAAAAGUCUCGACUUUCCCAGCUGGCAGCCUGAAGGGGCGAAUUCCCAUCCAGUGAAACGCUGCAAAAGCCCAGCUGAGAAGCACAGGGAAAAGGACAAAGAAAGGGACUUUCCCAAUCAUAAGGCAGUGGGCCCUCUUCCUGGCUCAAAGAAACAUUCAUCGGAUCAGAAGCAGGACAGGAAAUCCAGCAAGUCCGGCUCUCACGCGGCAGCCCCAAAGAGUCACUCUGCAGACUCCAAGCCAGACAGGGAGACCAGCGACUGCAGGGCUCUUCCCGCCACCUCUAAAAAGUCGCACUCGGACGGCAAGAAAGAGAGGAGAGAUUCUGCAGACUCAAGAUCUUCCACCGUCACCACUGCCUCCUCCUCUUCCUCUCCUCAGAAGAGACCAUCGGUGGAAAGGAGACCCUCUACAGGCUCCAACCCCGCAGCCUCUCCCCCCGGCUCUCGGAAGAACUCCAGUGAUGGCAAAGAGGAAAGGCCCAACAGCGCCAAAUCCAAACCCGAGACCCCCAAGACUCCCAGCAGCCCCUCGAGUCCCACGUUCGCACCGACCAUCUGCUUCCUGGCCUCCUGCUACCUCACGGGAGACUCGGUCCGGGACAAGUGCGUCGAGAUGAUCUCGGCCGCCCUGAAAAUGGAUGAUGAUUACAAACAGUUUGGAGUCAACUGUGACAAGAUGGCCUCUGAAAUCGAAGAUCAUAUCUUCCAAGAGCUGAAGAGCACGGACAUGAAGUACCGCAACCGCGUGAGGAGCAGGAUCAGUAACCUGAAGGACCCCAAGAACCCCAACCUGCGGAGGAAUGUGCUGAAUGGAGCCAUCUCCCCCAGCCUCAUUGCUAGGAUGACGGCAGAGGAGAUGGCGAGCGACGAACUGAAGGAGCUGAGGAACGCCAUGACCCUAGAAGCCAUCCGGGAGCAUCAGAUGGCGAAGACCGGGGGCACCACCACGGACCUCUUCCAGUGCGGCAAGUGCAAGAAGAAGAAUUGCACUUACAACCAGGUCCAGACGCGUAGCGCCGAUGAACCCAUGACAACGUUCGUGCUGUGUAACGAGUGCGGGAACCGCUGGAAGUUCUGCUGAGGCCGCUCCGGUUUGCACCCGGCCACCCGCGGAGACGAUGCAGCCUGACGGCAAAGGAGAAGCUCUGACCAUCCAAAUUUGAAACUGAGGGGUGGGAGGGGGGAGGGGAAGGGAAGAGAACUAACCUGUUGAGAGAGGAGCUGAAAGUCCCUCCCUAUUGGCUCCCGCGAAUGUAAUGAGGGUUCACUCAGUGGCUAGAGGGAGGGAUUGUUUGGCGUUAGGGGUACCCGAGCCUCAGGCCCAGAAGGUGCGAUGCCAGGGUGGCAGCCACUAGGAGACUCCUCUGUUCUGAUGUAUAUAUUGUGACUGGAGUGAUCAUUGGAACCCUAGACCAGAAGGACCUGCUAGGUCGUUCUAGUCCAUCUCCCUGGAGGAAGCAAUGGGUGCUUGGAGCCUGACAGAGCCCAGGGGAAAUCUGCCCUGCCAGAGGUUUUGGGGUGUUGUUCUUUGAGCUCCCAGGAAGUAACCUAGCAGCAGCCGAGGUGCCCAGCCCAGUCGCACGUGCUCGUCCCUUUCAUUGGCCGGGUUAAGUGGACCCCGGUUUGUUUUCAUGAGCGUCAGUCCAGGUGGAUCUCCCUGUUACGCGCGGGGGCGUGGCUAAGACAAUGAGGCUUUCCAAAUCCCAGGCAGUGUUCGCUUUCGGAGCCAGAGGCUUCCCGCCGUCCCCUGCCCAGGGUAAUCCAAAGGCUGGUGUGUCUCAAAUCGUCAUUCUCGGAGGGAAGACGCCCAACUACCCCCCUCUGCCCACUCCGAUCUGGAAGGCAGUCUCAGCACUGCUCUCCGGGGCUGCGUCAGCCUCAGUCCUCACACAGGCCACCGAAAGCCCAUUGCACUCUGCCCGUGACAGCACCCUGGAGAUGCUCCGCUCUGGGGAUGGAGCAGGUGCUGUCCUGCUGGCUGAGACCCGGGUCCCCGGGCUGCGACAGGGGCAUGCUUGGCUUCUGUCGUUUGUUUCUCAUGGACGUAUUUGUAAUGCUGCACGUACAGGGCCCGGCCGCUGGGAGGCUGGUCUCCUAACAGAUGGAGUUUCAGCUCCAGGAUGGGGGAAGUACCAUGAGAAGAGACCAGCUCUCCCCUCAUUUCAGCCCCAUUAUAAAGGGCUGCUGGGGGCAACAAGCGACACCCACGCAGGCAAAGGCCACGCUGUUUGGGCUCCCCUAGACCCUUAGGCAGAGCCUUAUAGGCUGCUCUCUGGCUCCCCUGGGCAGUUUUCCAUAUAGGAUCCACUAGGUAUGUACACCCUGUAUAGUUCGCACCCAGCUCCCCUUGUCUUCACCAGGCUCUCGGGCUGCUCUGCGGUGUGUGGAUGAGGGGAAUUGUAAUGGGGUUGAAGGUGGCUGGGAAUCCGGGUGCAGUUGUAUGGCAAAGGAAGCAGCGGGAGCCUUCUCACAAAAUCCGGGCAGAUACUUCUCUUUACGUGUGGGUAUUUUCCCUGAGUGUGGUCACAACACAAAACUCCCCUUGCAAAAACAGCUAACGGAGGGAGACGGGCUGCCUUUAACCCCUCCUCCACUGGCAUUUCGGUGGUGGAGUCCUGGAGGAUUACUCCUCCGUCCAGCCAGUGAGGGAUUUCCUGCCCUUCAGUGGGAAGUCCAUUGAACGACAGUGAGCUCCUGUUUUAAAACCAGUGACGCUCCUUUCCUGCCCGAGAAGAUGGAAGCUGAAGCUGCACAGGGCUUUAGCUGCACUGGUUUGUGGGUGUCUCUCUUUCCCAUUGGUGACUUGUUUUCUGCGAACUGGAUAUUACAAAGACUUGACCCCAAUUCCCUGCUACACUUGGUCCUAGAACCUGAUUUUAACCCAUAUCACGACCCCCCCCCCAAAAAGUUCAGUUACUCUUCGUUGUAAAGAAUUGUGCCCUUUCUUGGCGACUGCCUGUGUGUAUCCUGAUUCCAGGUGGGACUGGCCAUGGAAAAUUCCAUGCGCGGGAGGCUGUUCUUAACGGUAUGCCUGACCCGACUGGAGCAGGGAUCGCAUGGGGGAAGCUGUUAUUCAGUGCCACCUCCUAGCUUCAGCACCAAACUUUUGGGGGAUUAACCACUCUGAACUGGGGAGACUUUUGAGCGUCACCUAGCGAGAGUGGAAAGCACGGGGGCCCAUGCUUACAGGCUGAAGGAGCAGUUAGAAAUGGGUAGAGGAGCGGCAGGAUGGAGAAGAGAAAGCACGGGGCGGGGGAGGGGAUGGGACAGAGGGUCAGAGCUCCUGCCACCUCACUUCUGCUCUAUGAGCCACUUCAGGCUCGGUGCAGGCAGGUUGGGUGCCUGCCUGCUCUCAUCCUUUUAUCUCCAUCAGACAGGGCCCCAUGGUGCUAGUCCCCUGCCAUAUGCAGCGUGUGGAUCAGCCAGCUUCGUUUGCUCUCUAGGAUAGAACGUGUCCCCGCUCCCCCCCAAAAAGGGGUGAAAGGGAGAGAAAAUCUGCAGCUAGAGCAAUAAAGGUGUACAAAGCGUG